GCUGCGCAAAGGAGUCUUCUUUCAAGCUGAUUUUUCUUCAAAGCUUGAUCGGAGAAAUUUGUCUAUAAUUCUCAAAGACAAUCUUUCCAAUUCACCAGACUUCGAAAGUUUGACCACCAUUUGUUCGGUCGUGCUUCCCUGUGACUUUCCACACCAGUGUAGUGGUUUGCAGGAGCGAGACGAGGGGAAAUUCUACUCAAACGCCUAGAUCUGUAGGAGGAUUAAACAUCAUCAAAAGAUCAAAAUGAGAUGUUUAAUAAGAUUCACACAAACGCACGAGACGUUUCGUCUUGCCGAGAUCCAGGCUUUGGCAGAACUCGAGAAUAUUCCUUUACAGGUUGAACACUAUGUUUCGAACUCACCGUUUUGUUUCGUAGACGUCCCGUCUGCAGAAGCCGCUGCUCGAUUGGUUAAGAGAAGCAUUCUCUCGAAAGCCAUCUACGAAGUUUGGGGCACGGGUUCAACGUAUGAAAUUCUUCAUGAGGAUGUAAAGACUUCUACGAAAGAUCUAUGGUCGCUUUAUAAAACCUGCUCUUUCAAAUUUACAGUGGAUUGUUUUCAAAAUACAAGAUCUACCACCGAGCAACGCGCACUCAUUAAUGAAUUCCGAUAUUUGGAAUUCGAGGGUCCGAUCAAAAUGAAAGGAGCCGAUGAAGAAUUCUGUAUCUUGGAAGAAUGGCAACUUGACGCUGCAGCCAUUGGUAUCAACACACCCUCCCAAGUAACCUUUGGUCGAUUUCUCGGGGCUAGCGAAAGAGAUAUUGUGGGAAAAUAUGAUCUCAAAAAGAGAAAGUAUAUCAGUACCACCUCUAUGGAUUCCGAACUCGCGUUAGUCACCGCCAACAUCACAUUAGCAGCCCCUGCAAAACUCUUCUACGAUCCCUUUGUCGGAACGGGUAGUUUCCCCGUCGCAUGUGCACAUUUCGGCGCUCUUGCUUUCGGAAGCGAUAUUGACGGGCGAAGUAUCCGAGGAAAGGAAACGCGAAAUCUACAUUCGAAUUUUGUGCAAUAUGGCCUCACGAAUCAAUUUGGAGAUACGUUUGUGGCCGAUCUCACAAAUACUCCUUUGAGAGGCGCGAGAUUAUUCGAUGGGAUUUUAUGCGAUCCGCCCUACGGUGUAAGAGAAGGUUUAAAAGUACUAGGGAAUAGGGACCCCACGAAACCUAAAGUUCCUAUUAUGUUAGAAGGCGAAACACAACCUCAUCAUUUACAAGACGCCUACAUCCCACCCAAGAAACCAUAUUCCUUCCUCGCCAUGCUAGACGAUAUUCUUGAUUUCGCAGCCAUCUCCCUCGUAGAUAAUGGUCGUCUAUCCUUCUGGAUGCCAACUGCAAAUGACGAGGAUCAAGAAAUUAAAAUCCCAACUCAUCCCUGUUUACAGAUUACAAGUGUUUGCACACAAGCUUUUAAUAAAUGGUCAAGAAGACUUAUUACAUAUAAGAGAAUACCGGAUUCAAUGGUCGAUCCUGAACAAAUCCGUGAGAGGACAGCUAAUGGGUCGGGUGUUACUGCUGAUGAAUUGAAUCCGUUUAGGAAGGGAUAUUUCCAGGGAUUCAAAUCUGCGUUUAGGGAUACACCGAAAUAAAUACAAACCGAUUAUAUGUUCAUUGAGUUUCCUUUCGUAUAAGUCUUACUACUCCUUAAGUCACUUGUGAAUCUCUUGAAGCAUGAGUAUGGUUCGAGAAGGGAUGCAUGAUUUACGCACUUUUAAUCACGAGCAGAUUCCCAAAUACACUGAAUGGCAUUCGAUAUGAUACUUCGGUCAAGGAUAUAAUAAAAGAUAAUGAAGAUAUAUUAAAAGAAAGAUAAGCGACUCGGACUAGCCGCUAAUCAGGUCAUCAAAUUACAUUCCAUCCCCAUCAACAAUCGCCUCACUUCACCUCACCAUAUCACACACCAAAAAAAACUCACCCCCUCAUCCCACCUCCCCC